UUCUAAGAAAAAAAUUUUAAAAAUUUUCGAAUUAGUUCUCGAACGGAUUCUAUAGGAUAAAGCGAAAAAAUUUAAGUCGAAAAAAAUUUAGGCAAAAAUGAAAGCGCUGAAGUUUUGUAGAAAAAACUUUUUAAUCAGAUUUGAAGAAGGAUAUCUUCUUCAAAGAAAUGUGAAAAAUUGUUCGAGUAAAACCGGAAAUAUCGUUGCCACCGAACAAAUUUCUAAUUCGGAACAAGUGAAGCGGGAUGGUAAUUUAAAUUUUUUGAUUAGUACUGCCAUAGCGGGAUUCACAUCUGGAGCUUUAUUCUGGAAGUAUGCAUCUAGUAAAGAGUUGAUCUCAAAUCCGUUACCAGUGCUUUGUGCCAAUUCUCAAUGCAAAAAGUUUGGCGAAGUUAUUCCGUGUUUGCCAAAUUAUUCGGCAAAAACCGUCGCAGAACAUAACACAAAGGAAAAAUGCAUCUGGGUGACGUACAAAGCGGGUGUAUAUGAUAUCACCAAGUACAUCUGCGAACAUCCGGGAGAUAAAAUAAAAUUUGCAGCGGGUGGCGCUCUCGAACCUUUUUGGGAAUUAUAUGAAUUUCACAAAUGCAAUGAGAUCAUGGAGCAAUUAGAGAAGUAUAGAAUUGGUAAUCUUUGCAUAGAAGAUAGGAGAUUCAGCAAAGAAAUGUAUGGAAAUGAACCAAAUAGGCAUCCCUGUUUAAAAGUUACCUGCAAUCAACCAUUCAGUGCAGAAACUCCAACGGAAUUACUUGCUGAAAAAUUUGUCACCCCAAAUGCACUUUUCUAUGUCCGUAAUCAUUUUCCGGUGCCACGGAUAAACGGACGCGACUACAAACUGACUAUACAAUUGAUGAAUGGCAAGACGACAUGCUAUUCUUUGAAAGAUCUUAUGUGCAAAUUUCCGAAACACACUAUAACUGCAACAUUACAGAAUGCAGGCAACCGAAGAUCAGAAUUUAACAAAGUCAAAGAAGUAUCAGGAUUGAAGUGGUGUUCGGGAGCUAUAGGUACAGCAACAUGGAGUGGUGCCAGAUUGGUAGAUGUUUUAAAAUGUGCUGGAGUGGAUACGAACGAUGCAAAUGUGAAACAUGUCCAUUUCGAAGGAUUAGAUAAGGACUGCAAAACCAAUACCAAUUAUUCAAUAUCUAUUCCAGCACACAAAGCACUAGAUCCCAGUGGUGACGUGAUAAUAGCUUAUGAGAUGAACGGAUGCCCUCUUCUUCCCGAUCAUGGAUUUCCGGUUCGAGUGGUAGUGCCAGGUUAUGCUGGUACUCGUAGUGUGAAAUGGUUAGGGAAAAUAACAAUGGCAACAGAAGAAAGCAAAAGUCAAUGGCAGCUUAAAGACUACAAGAGCUUUUCACCAAAUGUGGAUGCCAGUAACGUUGACUGGUGCAAAUCGAUUGCCAUCCAAGAAACACCUGUAGUUUCGGCCAUCUGCGAACCAGUAAACCAUAGUAAAGUGAAAGUAUGCGAUGACAAAGUGAAAGUCAAGGGUUAUGCUUGUAGCGGAGGAGGAAGGAAGAUUAUCAGGGUAGACGUUUCCGCCGAUGAAGGAAAAACGUGGAAAACUGCCACUUUGAAACAAGAUGACGCUCCUUCACAUCGAGCUUGGGCAUGGACUCUGUGGGAGGUGGAAGUCCCUGUGAAGAAGAAGAAUUGCUCCAUAGGAAUCAUUUGCAAAGCAGUGGACACAUCAUACAACGUGCAACCUGAAACAUUUCCACCCAUUUGGAACCUGCGUGGUUUCCUGGGAACUGCAUGGCACCGAAUUACUGUCAAUUUACAAUAAUUUUUUUUUAUUAAUGAGAUUCAAAAUUUGAACAUAGUAAAAACAGUUUUGGCUAUAUUAAUUUUAUGAUUCCAAAUUAAACUAAACUUUUUACUCUUGUAACAAAUCUUCGAAUAAAAGUUUAAUAAAAAUA